AAAAAGAAAAAUAUUUAACAAAUAUUUUGUGAAGGGAGAAAUAUUACAACCAUGUGUUGACAUUGAUGACUAAGAUGUAAAACUUUGACAGGUUUUUUGACUUCUAGCACGUUUAAUCUGGAUGAGUUCAAUUUAACGUACGGGGAAACUACUUGUUUGAAUUUGAAGAGUAUGUGUAUACAUUGAAGUCGUCCUUGUUUGUCAAAAAAAAAGGAAAAAGAUCUCAACCCAAAAGAAGAAAAGCUAUCACAACUAUAGGUAAAGUAAUUAUAUGAAUGACACCAUAUAUAACAAGACUGUCUUUGUAUUUCCAAAUGGGUGUUGUUGAGGAAGAUUAAAGAAAUAAUUAAAAUGUAACGAACAGGACUGUGACUAUAGAAGAACAAGAACAUCAGUUACUUCAGUUAUUCUACACAUAGCUGUUAUAACAACUUAACAGUAAAGACAAGUUUUUUUAAAGUUCAGGACAUGCAUCACACCAUGAAGCAGAUGGCCGAUUCAAAUCAUCAUGGCAUCAAUUUCUAAAUUCUAUCAACUGACGUGUGAUUCAUAUUGGGAUUGCUGAGUGAGUAAUAUUUCCUCUUACAUUUCGUGUAAUGAAGGAACUGUGGUCGAAAGAACGAGACAUAAAGAUUUGAUACAUAACGAAAUAUUUUAUUCAAGUCUAACCCUGUGGAAAAGAAUCAACAUGCAAAAGGGUGGAUUUCUCAAAUCUAUUACCUUCAAUCGAUUUAUUUUGUUAUUAUGUGGAAUUUAUAUUGGAAUGGUGCUUUUUAUACAUAGUCGACUGCAAGCUGAUCGCCCACCUCAGCAAAUAGAUAACGAUUCAAAAUCGGAAUACCAAUUGACAGAGAAAUUGGAUCUAUCAGAUUUAAAGACUUGGGUGAACAAUAAAAAAGAAUUAAAUCAGCUGUCGAAAGAUAUUAGUGAUUUAGAGAGGAAAGUAUACCAAGCCAAAAAACAAGUGGAUGGAUUGAAAAAACAAAAUGAGAACCCUAAGAGCUCAAACUGUUUACAGCAUAGUAAUGAAGGUGUUAAAAACAGUAGCUUUAAGAUACUGGAACAAGGCGUCUAUGUCUUCUCUGCAUAUCUCGAUGACAGAAAACCAAAUGUUUUUAUACGUCUGAUGGUACUUCUAGAAAAAACCAAAAAGAAAGUUCCAAUAUUUUGUCAUAUUAACUCAGUAAUAAUUAUAGCCAAACAAUAUGAAAUGUGUGAAAAUCAUAAUAAACCAUUUGGUGGAUAUAUAUAUUCCUGUGAAUUACCCAGAAAUAUGUCAAAUCCUUGUCCCCUCCAUGUGUCGACAGUUUAUGCAAGUUCUGCAUCAUCUGAAGUUGCUCUUCCAAUAAUCCCAGUUAAACCUCUCUCUAAACCACAACAGUUUGGAAUUUGUAUAUCGCCAUUAUUUGGUAGCGUGAAAAAAGAAAAGAUUGUUGAAUUCAUAGAACUGUCACAAGUUCUAGGUGCUAACCAUUUUUAUUUCUAUGAUAAUAACAUAUCAGCUGAAAUGAAAAUGACAUUGAAUUAUUAUGAGCAGAAGAACAUUGUAACAGUAGUUCCAUGGGACCUUCCGUCUGUUAUAUUUGAUAAUAAGAUUUGGUAUCAUGGCCAGCUUAUAGCCCACAAUGAUUGUUUAUAUCGCAGCAUGAGUACGUUACAACAUGUCUUAUUCAAUGAUAUAGAUGAAUUUGUCAUACCCCAUACCAGUGCUAAAUAUUGGAAGAAUUUAUUUCCUAGUGUGUUCAAAGAUCAGUAUUGUGGCAUUGCCUUCUCUAGUGCUUUCUAUGACCCAGCUAUUGGUGUGACACAUCCAUCAGGCUUACAGACUAUGAGUAUCACAGGUCGCACCAAACUCUUUAGUCAUGUUAGGACUAAAAUCAUGGUUAAACCACAGCGAGUGUUUGAAGUGGGAAUUCAUCACGUCAGUAAACAAAAUGAAGAAAAAUGGUCUGUUCAGAAAUUUAAACCUGAAGUGGCGUACCUACAUCAUUAUAGAAAGUGUAUAGGAAAUUAUGGUAUGAAAUGUAGUCAGUUUGAGAAAGACACGACCAUUUUUAGUUACUAUGAUGAACUUAAAGAUCGGUUCGAUUUUUCAAUGAGAGAAAUUAAUAAAUUUUCUAGUGCUCUUUCUCCAAAUGUCACUCAAAAGGUUGUAUAAUGUUCUACAGUUAAUUUAUUGUUCACAUUUUGUAUUCUAUAUCAUUUGAUCUUUAAUUGAUAAUGAUGUUUUUAAUUUCCUUAAGCAGUAUUAUACGCUGAUGAGAUGUUAAUGAUUUUUCAUUUGUUAAACAGAAUUUUAGUCGGAGGAACAAACUCAUGGUUGUAUAUAUGUACAUCAUCAAUUUUUCUGAGAGGUAUAACAUUUGUACCAUACAAGAUCCUUAAUAUGAUAACUCAGUUUUAUGAUUCAUAUCAUGCCUAUUCCAGGUAUUGUUAACAAUAACAUAAAGUUACUGUAAGUAACUGCAGUAACUGGUUUUAUUAUAAAUAUCUUAUGAUAACUCACUUAUUUUAAGAUUUAUGUGAUGACU